GUCUUUGGUUUCAUAGUUUGAUGUUUCAUGAAAGAAAAUGUUUUCAUACAAUUUAUAUAAAAUGUAAUUUAUCUAUUUCAAGAAAUUUCAAUAAAUUUAUAUUAUAUUAUUUGUUUUAAUGAUGUACUAAAGUGUUUGUGUACAAUUUUAUUUCGAAAUGGCUACGAACACAAAGGAUUUGUGUAGACUUUGUGCAAAUAAGGAUGAGUUUUCGAAAGAUUUGCUUGACGAAAGUAAUAAAAAUAUUCUUAAGUUAAUAAAAGACUUUGUACAAAUUGUGAUUUAUGAGAAUGAUAAUUUGCCUACUAUGAUCUGUUUAAACUGUGAAGAAAAGAUGGUUUCAUUUCAACUGUUUGUUCUGGAGUGCAACAAAACUCAGGAUACUCUCAGAAGAAUGUUUGCAGAUGAAACACUAAAUUCACUGAAGAUUAAAGUUGAAACUUCCCAAGUUGAGUUUGGUGAAGCUGUGAUUAAAUCUGAGGUUAAAGAUGAAACAAGUGCAGAGGAUCUUGCUAGUGCCAUUCUACGAAAUGAAGCCUCCUUGUCAGAAUUAUUACAUUAUAAUGAUGACGACAAUUUACAUGAUGGUGAAAAUGUAAAUGAUGAUGAAGACGAUGAUUAUUUAGACAACAUAGCUAUAGCAUCACUAAAGACUGUUGAAAAACAGAUCAUAAAGAAACCUAGUGAAAUAGAAACUGCACAAUUCAAAGAUAUCCUCAGGAAACCAAAUUUGAAAGUCAAAGAUUUUGUCAAGCUGGAGUGUGGUUUCUGUGAGCUGAAAAUGAAGUCAUGGACUGAUAUGAAUUUUCAUUAUUUAAAGCAACACAAAAGCAAGCCAGUUAUCUUCUGCCUCUGUGGUUUCGAAAUAAGAUCUAAAAGUGUUCUUUACAAACAUGUGUCUGAUCAUAAGUUAGAGAGUAAAAGACUUAGAAAAGAAGAGGCAAAAGGAGAGAAAGAGAAAGAACAAGAAGAUUCAAAAUAUUCAAGCCUUAAUAUUAAAGAUUUUGUUGAAUUCCUAUGUUUUAAAUGUGACAAGAAAUGUUCGAGCUGGUACACAUUGAAGGCACAUUGUGAAAGGGCGCAUAAAACACUGCCGGUUGUGAACUGUAUAUGUGGUAUUACUCUUAAGUCGAAAUCAGUUAUGUAUAAACAUAUCCAAGACCAUAAAAACCCAAAUGUAUUCGCAUGUGACAAAUGUCCGAGGAUUACAAAAUCCGUAUCGGCACUGAAUAAGCAUAAAAUGAGGCACAUACCAAAAUCUGAAAGGCGAUAUUGUUGUUCGUCUUGUGAAAAAAUAUUCAAUACAAAAGAUGCAUUGAAAUCGCACGAGAAAUCGCAUAUACCGAUUGAGGAUAGGAAGAUAUAUCACUGUGAAGUUUGCAACAUGAAGUUUACGACUCGUUCGUCGGCGUCGUCGCACAAGCGCGUGGUGCACGACAAGAUCAAGGGGUACGUGUGCGACCUGUGCGGGUACGCGUGCGGCACCAACGGCGAACUGCGCCAGCACCGCGCCAUACACAGCGACGACAAGCCCUUCGUCUGCGGCAAGUGCAACAAACCAUUUAAAACAUAUUCCAAUUUAAAAACGCACAUGGACAUACAUGAGGAUACGUCGUACGAGUGUUAUAUUUGCCGGCGAGUGCUCAACAGCCGACGGACACUUAGGAAACAUUUACUGGUGCACGAGGACAAAUGCCGGCACGUCUGCUCAUAUUGUAAUAAGGCAUUCAAGAGAAGACAAACGUUAAAGGUGCACAUGUACACGCACACGGGCGACAAGCCGCUGACGUGCAAGUGGUGCGAGGAGCGGUUCGCGUACGCGUCGACGCUGCGCUCGCACCGGCUGCGCUGCCACCCCGACAAGAUGGCGCCGCUGCAGCGCGCCGCGCACCACUACCCCGGCUACCCGCACGGCCACAUGCAGGAGGUAGCACGCUCAAAUUUCAUAAAAACUGACAUAGCAGCGGCGAAUGUUAGUGUGGCGAAAAACGAAGUAGAAGCAAUGUAGUUUUGUAGAUUAUUAUGUAAGCGUUACACUGACGUAUGUAAUUUUUGCAUGUUGCGGUAGAUGUACAAUGUAGUGUUAGGUAUAUGAAGUGAGUAUUUCCAAUAUUUGUUUUAUAUUUUUGUUAAACCUGUAUUAUUAUAGUAACGUAUAAUAAAUACAUUCGUCAUGGCAGCCUGAUAUUA